CGGAUCCGUCCCGAUGGCAGCUCUACGGCCCUUUACUCGCCUUCCACUCCCGUCAUCAUGCCCGCAUCUUCCCUCAUCGCAUCCCCCCGCUACGUCAUUACCCUGCCUUCGAGAUGACCGCCGCUAUGAGAGGCACUGGGCGCGUCGGAAGAAGAUCACGCCCUUCAAGCGCAUGCCCAACAUCGCCCCUCGUCGCGAGGACUUCCGCGUGGCCCAGGCGGCCGGUGGCUACUUCCACCUGCAGGCGCCCUGGCCGCCGCACAUCAACAAGACGUGUGAGCCAUUCCCGCCCGCACACAGGAACCGCUUCACCCUCAACCGCAAAUACCCUUUGAGGUGGCGCAAUGUGGAGUAUCUGUAUGAGCCGAGGCAGCUGCCCAGGCCGCGGACUGACGGCAUAUGGGGCGGCGAGAUAAUCCGGAUUGUGCACCCCCCGAAGAAGACCAAGGAAGAGCGGGUCAAGGAGAGGGCGAUGAAGACCAGAUGAACAAAUGAGAGCCUUAGGUGGCGGGCGAAGUGCAGAAGGCGGCAUUGCGGCUGUCCUUUUGGGGCGGUGCAGACGUAGAUGACAGGAGGGAGGAGGGGGAAGGGAGAGAGGGAGAUGGGUGCGGGUUGUAUAUGGCAACCAAGACUGGACUAUGUGUGCCUGAUUGAGAGUGAUGACUUUUGUGGCUUCGCGAGUGGGACAGCGAUGGACG